CUAACUGCUGCUCUGCUCAGGCCUCACACUGCUCGCUCAGUAUGCGCGCGGCCGCCGCCGCGAUCGGGUGUGUGUUCAAUCGUGUCUUGUUGAUGUCGGUGCCGCGAUGUCGCAGUGUGUUUGUAUCGUGUAUUACUUGACAGAUUUAUAAGAGCGACUGUUGCAGUUACGCGAUGCGUGCAUGGCGCCUGGCCACCGCGCUAUUGCUAACGGCCGUCGCGCCCGCACCCCGUGCUGCGCCCUCAGUGCUCCACGCGGCACCUGCGGCACACCCCUGCGCCGCCAACGGCCUUUGCCUGUGCCGAUCUGACCAUAUCGCCUGUGACGCCGUCCCCUUCCACAGGUUCCCUGACACGGAGGCGGGCGUGCGGCACGUGGCGGUGUCGCGCGCUCGGCUUGGUGCGCUACAGGAUGCGGCGCUCGACGGCCGGCGUCUGCGCACGCUGGUGCUCGUCGCCUCUGGGUUGCACCACAUCGAGUCAGCCGCUCUCACGUCCAUGGAGUCGACGCUGGCUUCGUUGGAUUUGAGUUACAACGAAUUCACGAACGUUCCUAUAGAAGCGCUCCGAAAUCAAAAAGUAUUAAAUUGGCUGAACCUACAAAACAACCUCAUUGCCGAGUUAGAUCCACAAAUGGAGUGGGGUUUUUUGUCAGACUCCUUGAGCAGCUUGUUGCUUAGCAACAAUCAGUUGAGCUUUAUCCGCGAGGGGACGCUGACGUCGUUACGGCAGCUGGCCCAGUUGGAACUGGACGGCAACAGGCUGCGACAUAUCGAGGCAAAAUCACUGCCGGCCUCGCUGGCGCUGCUGCGGCUGUCGGCUAACCUGCUGAGCACAGUGCCGUGCGCUGCACUGACCUCGCUUGCCCGCCUUCGCCAUUUGCAUCUGCGCAACAAUGCCUUGUCAGCGACAUUCGCUGCGAACCGUUCUUGCCGCGCCGAGGGUUACCGCAUAGACUCUCUCGACCUCAGUCACAACGACCUCACAGAUGAGUUCCAAUUCGCGUUUACACAAGGUCUACAAUUGAAGCAACUCGCUUUAGAUCUUAACGAUUUCACAUCUAUUCCUUCUUUCGUUUUUGAAUGUGGCCGAAUAGAGAAACUUUCGAUCUCAUACAACGAAAUUACCCACCUUUCGGAAACCGCGAUUCUGACGCUGAAGCAUGAUCUCGAGCGGUUAGAGAUAGAUAAUAACAAACUAACAUCUCUUCCUCGUAGCUUGCAAGAGCUGACGCGACUGCGCCACCUCUCGCUGUCGUAUAACGAACUCCGGGAAGCGGAUUGGCUGCCGCCUCAGCUUCGAUACCUUUCACUGGCUGGAAACUAUUUGGAGGGAUUUCCGCUGUCCCUGAAUACAUUAGAGCCUGCGACACUUCGUUACCUCGACAUAGGUUAUAAUCGUAUUACGCACGUGUCAUCAGAAUGGUUCGGGCCGUGGUCGGGCGCGCUCAGCACGCUGAAUGUGCGCGGGAACCGCAUCUCGCAGCUGGCCGGAGACGCGUUCCCCGCGGCCUUGCCGCUCACAGAGCUAGUUCUUAGCUUCAACGAUCUUUACUACGUGGAAUCGAGUGCCUUCGCUAACUUGACCUCCCUGCGCGUGCUGGAACUCUCCUCGACGCUUUUCAGCGGGGAAGUGCCUUCGGGUCCCGCCUUCCAGGACCUCAAAUGGCUUACUUUAGAUAAUAAUAAUAUCCAUUUCUUUUCUUCAAACGAUAUGAAAUUCUACAAUUCUUUAGAGUACCUAAAUUUAGACUUUAAUAAGCUCCUGGAAUUUCCGAGCCAAAUGUUAGAAACGAAAACGUCCUACAGACUGAAGGAACUGAGACUGUCGUACAACUACAUUGCGAGGGUAAAUCCUGUAUUUCUGACGAGUCUUUCAGAUUUACACAGCCUGGACCUUUCUUACAACCGCGUACAUAACGUGAGCGCACGAACCUUUUCUAAAUUAAAUAAUCUCAUUUACUUGAGUCUAGUUGGUAACGCUAUUGAAAUAAUAGCUGACAACGCCUUCAGCGAUCUGAUUAAACUUGAAAUUCUAGAUUUACAAGAAAAUAAUUUAGUCGAAUUUUCAACACGAUUUUUUCGGAAUGUUUCCAACGAAGAAAGUAAUUUCUCGAUAAACGUCAGCCACAAUAUGAUCACGGCGCUCGUCGGGGGACCGAAUGUGUUCAUAAGUAUUUUAGAUUUGUCUCAUAAUUUAAUCGAAACAAUAUCUAGAUCUUUUUUUGAUUCAUUUUCUAAGCAUGUUCGUCAAAUUUUACUUUCUCAUAACAGGCUCGUCCACAUAGACGCCUCGGGCUUCGGGCCCCUGCCGCGGCUCCUGACCCUUGACUUGCGUCACAAUAAUAUCACUACCAUUAGACGAAAAUCUUUUGCGGAACUUGUCUCACUUCAAAUAUUGGACUUGUCAGAUAACAGAUUAAAUCAGCUCUCCGUCGAACAAUUUCACAAUUUACAAAAGUUACGUCACCUUCGAUUAGAGUACAACGAGCUUCGUGCCCUGCCUCGCGAUUGCUUUAAGAACACGCUCCUAGAGAGUCUCGAGCUAGGCAACAAUCGGCUCGCGCUGUUCCCGAGUACUGCGCUGGCGCAAGUCGGGUUCACGCUGCGCCGCUUGCACCUGCCGGCCAACCGGCUCGAGCACCUGGACGCCGCAAUGUUCCAUGACAUUCCUUUCUUGCACGAAUUAAAUCUUGCGCACAACGCGCUCACUGUGCUAUCGGACAAUACGUUCUCCGGCCUAUCGCGGCUGCAACUUCUCGACCUCUCAUAUAAUCAUAUAAAAACGAACUAUAAAGAACUGUUCCACAAUUUACCGCGCCUACGUCGUCUCGCGAUGGCAGGCAUUGGACUGAGAACCAUACCUCACAUGCCCCUCGUAAAUCUCACAGAACUGAAUUUAAAUAAUAACUUAAUCACGUCGUACCAAGAAGUCGUGGUGCGCCACCUGGCCGACCUGAGGGCACUCGACCUCUCGCGGAACCACAUCACGUCGCUGCGGCCGGCCAUGUGGGCCGCUCUGCCUCGCCUCGCAGCUCUCGAUUUGUCCUCCAAUCCUAUAGUUCGCAUCACGUCUGGCGCCUUCGACGGUCUACAUCGUUUGCUUCAUUUACGUCUGGACAAUCUUCGAAAUUUGGACGCUGUGGAACCGCGCGCUUUCCGCACGCUGGCGUCGCUGCGCUCGCUCGGGCUCGAGUCCCCCGCGGGUAAAGGGCGCGGGGCGGCGACGCUGGCCGACAUCACGGCGGCCGUGCCCUGCCUAGAGAUGCUGACAGUGGUGGUGCGCGUGGCGUCGCUCGAAGCGCAGCUGUGCGGCGUGCACGCGCCCCGCCUGCGCAUACUUGAGGUACGCGGCGGCACGCUGCGGAGCGUGGCAGCGGACGCUUUCGCAGCGCUCGGUCGGCAGCGCGCGCUCACGUUGCGCCUGAGCGGCACGGGCGUGAGCUCGCUUCCGGCGGGGUUGGCGAAGCCGCUAGCGCGCGUGCCGCACCUCGCACUCGACCUAAGCGACAACCGCCUCGUCAGCUUCAGCCCCGCCACCUUGUAUCCCAAUCUUACCGACUGGAAUAGACUUGCGACAAAACUUCUACCGGGCGGCUUGGUGCUGGCGGGCAACCCGCUACGCUGUGGCUGCGCGGCCUCGUGGGUGGGCGCGUGGCUGCGACGUUGGACGGCCGAGGUCGGCGGCGGCGGGCGCGGCGCACGGGCGGCGGCAAGACGCAGCCACUGCCGCCCAGCCGGCCCGCUCGCCGCCCCGCGACCUCUGCUCGCGCUCGUCGCCGACGACGCGGAGUGUCACGCCAGCGCGCUCGCAAGCGCCGCGCUGCGCCCCGCACCGCGCCCCGCGCCCCCUCUCCUCCUGCUGCUCCUGCUGCUGCUGCUCCUGCUCCCGCACAAACUUAUUUAUGAAAUGAUAAUAUGCAGCUAG